AUAUGUUUUAUAUAAAUUACAGGACUUGGUAAUACAUUGUAGUUCUUUAAAUAUCAUACGAGGGAUGUAAGAAAAUGACAGACACACCGAAUAUAAUGAUAAUAAAUACUGUACAUGGUUGACUUCAGAUUCAAUACCACCCUGGACUAGAAAAUUAAACUCAUUACAGGUAAUACAGUAAGGCCAGGUAAUGUGGCCAGGUGUGUACUUUGGAUCGCUUCACUCUGAGUCCUGUCUAGUAGAGCCAGAGUGAUGCUGCUUCGAUACCUGUUCUGAAAGAGACUAGAGGUCUGGCAGGGUGAGGAGGAACAGUCACGGGGGAGCAGUCGUGUGAGAUUCUGCAUUCACUUCACUUGUGUUGAUCGUGGUGGCUUAUCGUAAGUGGUAGCGCGUUUGACUACAGCACACAAGAAAUCAUAAUUUCGAAUCCUGGUCGAGACCGAGUAUGGAACGAGUGGGUACUGGUUUGCAAUGACUGGGAAGGCUAUAGACGAGGAAAGGAACUGGCUACCUUAAUCCAUGUGCCAAGACCUGCAUUGGACGGCGUUAUCUGGCCAUCACCUGUGCUUCUCAAUCUCAAGAGAUGUUUGGAAUCAACACGUUACGUUUUGCUGCGGUAAUCAGGACAAAUAACUUCAGAUUAAGAGGAACCAUAAACACAGUGGAAGCGAGUGUUGGACCUUCCAGGACCUUCCGACCAAGUGACUGUGUUCUCUCUUCCUCUCUCUCUCUCUGUUCAGGUGUUGGUGUUCUCUCUCUUCAGGUGUGCAGAGGUGGUUACCUGGAAGACAAAAUGAACCCGCCAAGCUGCCAAAUAACAAGAAAUUCAGCCUGUGUCGCGCGCUUCUGGUCAGCUGAGUGAAGGGAAGUGAAGGGAUGCUGGCCUGUCACUGAUCUGCCAAAUGACCCUCUAGCACUCAACCCAGGAUUAAAAUCACUGUCCCCUUAACGCAGUGAUGUCCAGAUCAGAGAGGUCAACAGCGUCCCUGAGAUAGCGCACACAUACACACACAUACACACACACACACACACACACAACCAUGGGGGACCUGGAGCAGUUUGAGGAGCUGUUGCUGCGCAGUGCUCGGAAUGGUGAUGUGAAGACAGUGGAGGACAUACUCAAGGCCAGGAAGGAUGGCAAAAUUGAUCUGGAAAUUAACUGUAAAGGCAAAACAAAGAGUAACCAGGGGUGGACGCCGCUACACCUGGCCAGCUACUUUGGGCACAGGGAUGUGGCCGAGGUAUUGCUUCAGAAUGGGGCGUCACUGGACGAGCUCAACGAUGCUGGUGACACUCCUCUACACAAGGCUGCGCUCACCAACAGAGAGGAUGUUGUGUUGCUGCUGCUGGAACACGGCGCCAGUGUAUCCACCAUCAAUGGGGAGGGUCUGCGGCCUGGGAACCUGCCUAGGGACUCUCAGGUGAUAAAUCUGAUCGAGGCAGCUGAGAAGACAGAACAGAGAAGACAGGAAGAGAAGCUGCUACACUAUGCAAGGGAGGGGAGGGCAGAGGAAGUGACAAAGCUGCUCCGAGAACCCGGUGCUCCAAACGUGAACUGUGUGGACGCUCUGGGCAACACAAGCCUGCACUGUGCUGCAUACCGGGGACACAUUGACGUGGCUGUGGUGCUUCUGCAGAAUGGCUGUGACCCCUCCAUCAGGAACCACAGCAACCAGACAGCAUUCGACCUGGGCCAGACACAGCAGAUGCAGCAGGUCCUCAAGGUACAGCCAGUGCGCAGCUUCCACCACAGUGUUACCAGAUUCGAGGGGCCGCUGCUGAGACAGAUGCGCAUUCUGGGAUGGAGGAUGGUCUGGGGUGUGCUGGACCGUGGCGUGCUGACCUUCUUCAACUCCCGUGCGGACGCCAGCUCAGGUGUGCGGCGGAGGGACUACAAGUACCUGGACAACUGCAAGGUGGUGCCCAUGAUAGGUGGCGAUGGUGCAAUGUUCAUAAUACAGUACAAUGAUGGUACUUGCCACCGCCUCGCUGCCACACCAGAUCCUCUCCAUCCUGCAUCCAUUAACAGACAGAAAUGGGUGACAAUGCUGAACAACCACAUCCGCUUCUCCACCCACUACGUGCAGCACGGCCUCUGCAUUGAUGACGAUGAUGAGGAUGGGCUGGAGCGCACCGUUAAACCUCUCGGCUGCAUGUCUGAUGCACUGCAGACAGCCACAGCCCACCAGCAGUUGAUGGAGCAGCAGGUGGAGGAGCUGAUGGCCACCUUAGCCUCUCUGGAGCUGGACCACUCCCAGCAGGGCGAGGUGCAUGACAUCAUCAAAAGGUUCUCCCUGCUGGCAGGAACAGCUCGGAACAUGACCACCAGCCUGACUCACUGCUUCUCCCUCAUGAAACAGCAGGAGGAGGUGAGAGAUUUGCAGCUACGGGAAGAGAGGGAGAAGGUUCGUGUGCUUGAAGAGUCCCUCAGAGUGUUGGCCACAGAGCACCAUGACCUGGAAGAGUCCAUAGCCUCCCACGUGUCCUCCAAUGGCUCCUCCAUCUAUAACACUCCUGCCAACUCCUAUGUGUCACUGCCUCGCCCCCGGAGGUUUUUUGAUGCCGUCAGUGAUGAUGAGUUCUUCGACGCUUUCUCCCAAGAUGAUGGGAGUGGAGGGACCUUAGUCAGUCUUCCAUCACCUUGUGGCAGUGAAUGCUCCACAAACACACUCGUAUCCUGCAUGUCUUCCCUUCCUACAGACCCUCAGUCCCCUCAGUCUCCCACACCCCACAUUCCUGGCAUCCCCUGUGGGCCCAGCACCAUCCCAGCCUCCAGCAUGAACCAGGGGGAGGGGGACACAUAUACCAUCCCUCCUCUACCAUCUGAAACUGGGUGGGACUCGAAUAACAUAGAAGCCGAUGGAGAUGUGAGAGUCUCGGCACAGAACUCUGGGACUGGAAUUGGUAACAGUGUCUCUGGCGGUGUGGCAAGUAAGACGUCAGUCAGCUCAGGCGUGUUAGGGAGUGUGGAGAGCUAUACUAAGUUGUCAGGGUCCAGCCAUACCCAGAGUUCAAAUUCACACACCACGUCGUCCCUUGCUGUGACGCCACUGGUCAGGACGUCCGACCUGAGCGACCACAGCGAUGGCAGCGAUGAGACAGUGACCAGUGAGUCCCACCGGUGCUCACACACUGAAGAGAAGUCGUCCUUCAGUCUGGUGUCAUUGGGCGGCACGCGGUACAGUUCUCCUUACUUGGGUCCCCGCAGGUGCUGGCGUUCUUGGGGGAGAACCAGCCUACCCGCAGAGCAGUUUCAGCGCAACGACUUCUCGCUGUGGUCUGUGCUGAAGCAAUGCAUAGGCAAGGAGCUCUCCAAGAUCACUAUGCCCGUGGUCUUCAACGAGCCGCUUUCCUUCCUCCAGCGCAUGGCGGAGUAUAUGGAGUAUGCCUGGCUGCUGGACAAAGCCGACGCCCAGCAGGAUCCCGUGGUCAGGAUGCAGUACGUGACGGCCUUCGCGGUGAGUGGUCUGGCGUCGAACUGGGAGCGUGUUGGCAAGCCCUUCAACCCUCUGCUGGGCGAGACUUACGAGCUACAACGAGACAACUAUAGAAUAGUGUGUGAGCAGGUCUCCCACCACCCGCCAGUGUCCGCCUUCUAUGCAGACUCCGAGCACUGGAACUUCCAUGGCUCCAUCCACCCCAAGCUGAAGUUCUGGGGCAAGAGUGUGGAGAUUCAGCCCAAGGGAUGCCUCACUGUGGAGUUCCCCAAUCAUGGGGAGGCCUACACUUGGAGCAACGUCAACUGCUGUGUGCAUAACAUCAUCGUGGGCAAGCUGUGGAUUGAGCAGUACGGGUCCAUGGAAAUCACUAACCAUGCUACUGGUCACCGGUGUGUGCUGACCUUCAAGACAGCUGGUUGGUUCUCCAAGGACCUGCAUCGCAUCGAAGGCUUCAUAUUCGACAAGAAGAAAAAGAAGCAAUCUUUCUUGUAUGGCAAGUGGACAGAGUUUCUCCGAGCCACCGACAUCUCGUCUUACGAAGAUUAUGUCAAAACCAAUGCUCAUAAGUUCAGCAGCAGGAAGAGUGAUAAAAAGUCAGAGGAGGCUCCAGCAUCCACCAGCCCAGCCCAUGCCCCCCACAAGGUGCUGAGGAAGCUUAACACCAUCACUUCAAGCUUCAGGAUGACCACGGAGGCUGAGGCAGUGGUGGGACCUGAUGGGGAGGAUGGAGAGAUGCACUCUUCAGAUGAACCAGAGGAGGGGGAAGGCAGCUACCCUCGCACUGACUCCACCUACAGCAUCGACAUCCCCAACUCCUCAACACUGUGGGAGGUUGACCCGAGACCCAACAACUCAUCACAGUACUACCACUUCACACUGUUUGCCAUGUCCCUGAAUGAGACGAGUGAAGACCUGCGCCGCGUCCUGGCCCCCACUGACUGCAGGAUACGGCCAGACAUCCGCCACCUAGAGAACGGCGACAUAGACAGUGCAGCCAGUGAGAAGAACAGGCUGGAGGAGAAGCAGCGAGAUGCACGCAAGAGCCGGAAAAAGACCAAAGCUGAUUGGAAGUCCAGGUGGUUUGAGCAGGGGACAAACCCAUUCACCCGGCAGGAGGACUGGCUGUACAGCGGAGGGUACUGGGACCGGAACUUUGAGGAGAUCGAUAUAUUUUGAUGGCAAGGCAGGGUACAACUCACGCUGCCCCUGACCACCCUUGGGUUUGCUGGAGGCUCUGUUAGGACCUCAGGAACAUGAAGGAGGUAGCUGGUAAGUUGUGACAUGAUGGUCUGGUUGUUACUGCCAGAGGAAGGGCAGGAUUGCUUUGACUGUCAGAUCUUUGUCAUGUCAAGUUGUAAAUGUGCAGGAACUAUUUGUUUUGAGAGACAGGAAGUGCUUUGGGUGUCAGGUUGUUGUCUGUAUCAGGAGUUACAUAUGUACAUGCAGUUUUGAGGCAGAGGAGGUGAGUGUGUGUGUUGAGGUGUGGGCAUGAAGUGAAGUGAAGUGAAGUGAAGAGUGUGCAGUGUUUGUGGUGGCUGUGCUAGUCAGGGAGAUGAGGUGAGGUGACCGGUGUUUGUGCUAGUCAAAGAUGAAGAGAUGAGUGUUCAUUUGAACCAAAGAUAGAGAAGAGUGUAGAUGUUAAUGACAGGUGAAGAGAUGAGCUAGAAAUGAAUGAUGUUCAUGUUAACCAAAGAUAGAGAUGAGUGUACAUAUUACUAAGAGAUGAAGAGAUGAAUGGUGUCUGUGUUAAUCAAAGAUGAAGAGAUGAGUUUUCAUGUCAGCCAGAGAUAGAUAUGAGUGAUUCAUCAGCCAGAGAGAUGGAACGAAGAAACAAAUGAACAGUCUAUCUCCAGAUGCAUCAAAACAACACACUUUUAUGAAAACACAGCUCACGUAAGGAACAAGAAUCGUAUAGAGUCAGAAACAUAUUUUUGCUAAGGGUCAAAUGAGUGCAGAUGAAGCCAAAUGAAACUGGAAGGAAGUUAUGUGUUGACUGUAUAGCAUUCCACUGAAGCUUUGAGGGAGUGAGAGAGAGAGUGAGAGGAAGAAGUUUGAGUGUUUUGAAGCCCCUAUGCCAGUCAGGUGAAGCAGGUAUGAGUGUUUGGAGUCACUCUUAACUGUCUCGUGUUCCUUCCAUUUAUACAAUGAAGGUUCACGUUUUGAAUUAUUAUUAUUACCGUUAAGUGAUGUUGUUAUUCUUUAAGAGUACAAUUGACUAUUACGUUAUUUUAAUAAUGUACUGUUUUGUAUUGUUCAUGUUGCUUUUGACUUUUGUUUAAGUAUAGAUAUGGAUUGACUGAGAAAGAGAGUGAGUGAAUGAGAGAGAGAGAGAGAGAGAGAGAGAGAGAGAGAGAGAGAGAGAGAGAGAGAGAGAGAGAGAGAGAGAGAAUGUUUUUAAUUGUUUACACAUAACCAAAGAUUUUGUUGAUACCUAAUAUUUCUUUAUCUCUUGUUAUUCAUAUUCACAUUAUCUAUUUUUUUACAUAGCUUUUAACUCUUUCUUUAUUUCACUCCAGAGGUUAAGUCAGAAAUACUUGUUUUAAUGAGAACUGUCCUUUUAAAAUCUUAGUAAGUCUGGACGUUUUGUUUUUAAGUGUUUUUAAGAAGAAUUCACUCCGUCAAGGGCAAUAAGAGAGAGAGAGAGAGAGAGAGAGAGAGAGAGAGAGAGAGAGAGAGGAUAUGUGUUUGUAUGUACGUGCAUGUAUGUGUGUGAGUGUGUGCAUACAAUAUUCAACCAGACGUAUCCCUAAAGCCCUACUUCCCUACUUCCCUAGUCCCUUGGUUCCCUGUGCUCCCUGCUCCCUGUCCCCUAGCUCCCCCACCAGCAUGUAGGCAUUACCAGGCCAAUAGUCUCCACACACCACCUGCUUACUAACUGUUCCCAUGUGUAGCAAGAUAGAGAGGAAAUAUAUAUGUAUACUAGUUCACAUUUCAAUUCAUAGUCGUAUACCUGAGUUUUAGAAAGCGUUUAUUACAGAGGUUCAGUUUAAGAUGUGUUUUAUUUUACCACAGUUUUCAGUUACCAAACAUACGUAAUUUUACACAAGUAAUUGAAACGAACUCAUUUGAAUACCCCCAUUUAUGUUUUGAAUGUUUCACGUGACAUUCCUUAGCUCUGGUAUGCCUAAAUUUUAACAACAUGGAAAAGAAAAAACACCACACCACAUUUUCAAACUCACAAUAACACUAAUAACAAAAAUUACCUUGUUUGAAUUUCAAGCAUUUCAUUUCAUUUUGAGUGCUUCUUUUGACACCCGUUGGCUGUAGUGUUUGAUUUGAUAUCCCUUAGCUCCACACUGUUUGAUUUGACAUCCCUUAGCUUUUGAGUGCUUCAUUUGACACCUCUUAGCUGUAGUAUUUGAUUUGAUAUCCCUCAGCUCUACAGUGCUUGAUUUGACAUCCCUUAGCUUUUGGGUGCUUCAUUUGACAUCCCUUAGCUCCACAGUGUUUCAUUUGGCAUCCCUUAGCUCUAUAGUAUAACGGACAGCUCACAGAGAGGUAGGAGAGAGAGGUGAGCUGCCUCCGAGCCCAGCAGCCUUGUAGGAGCCCUCAAGAACAUCACCAACACCUCUAGUUGCUCAGCCAGUAGGUCUGUGUCUGUCUGUGUGUCUCUCUGAAUGUCCAUACCGUGUUCUCUGUGCUUGUGAUGGACCAAUGUUUGCUGUUCGAGGCUUUCGUGUUACACUGGAGAUGUUAAAAGUAGGUCAGCAGUGUCUAUUUUGUGUAGAGUAUGAGAGUGUAUGCUCAAGUUCAGAAGUCAUGUGGCUUUUUGCAUUUACCUCCUCCGUGCUUCACAUUCUCCCUUAGUCUUUAGUCGUCAAACAUUCUGGCAGUCUGGUAAUACCCAGUGAUUGUUUCUGAGCUAACCCAGAUUCAAGGGAAAGGGUGGAACACAGUAGAGGUGAUUGGGAGAAGCUACAUGACUUCUGGCUCUGACUGUACAUGUAUACCUUGUAUCUAUAUGGGACUUGGGCCUUUCCUACCAGGGGGUUCUAGUGUAAUGAGAGGCUAGGGACAUGUAUAUAUUGUACUCAGAAGUGUAUUUUGUCCCACAGAUCCAGUAGUAGGUCGUUCUGUGUUAAGAAAUCGAGUACCACGUCUAAUAUUAUUCAAUGUUAUGCUUAUUUAUUACACGAGAGGUAGUGAAUAUUACGUCACCGUUUCAUUGGUUGUACUAUAUCGAAAGGUUAUAUUGUUGCAUAGUUUACCGAUGAUCCUACGAUAGAGUUUAUUGCUACGUGUACUAUACUCUCCCGUGUCGUUGUGUUAAGGCUUUGGUUGAGGAAUGGGCUGAGCUUUCCUGGGUUUUCGGCAAAGUGACAGCCAGCGCUCGCCGUCUCUGUUCCCAUGGCAGCUGAUGGCAAUUGUGAGGCGUGUGGCAAACCAUCAGGCCUUCCAUCCUUUGCUUGCCUCAGUUCAGGCAAGGUAACACUGCAGAGAGGCACGUUGGGAGUGUCUAUUUAAACACUUAGAUACUUGAAUAUUUCCUUUGUUUUCAGGCAAGGUAACACUGUGCGAAGAGAUGUGUUAGGUGUAACAUAUGCUAUCUAUUUAAAGACUUAGAUACUUGAAUAUUUCCUUUGUUUUUUAGAUAAGGUACACUUUGCAAAGGUACGUGUGUGUGUAUAGGGUGUGACUUUUGCCAGAGGUAUUCAGCUUGCACACUUUAAUACUUGAAUAUUUUUGUUUUCAUGCAAAGAGAGAUAUCAGAUGUAACAUUUGGCAGGAGUGUUGAUCAUAUUGGACACUUAGAUAACUGAAUAUUUUGGUUUUUGUGCAAAGAGAGACGUUAGAUUUAACGUUUGCCAGGAGUGUUGAUCAGAUUAGACACCUCAAUACCUGAAUAUUUCUUUUUCUUUUGUUUUGAUGCAAGGUAACAGUGUGCAAAGAGGGAAGGCAGAUGUAACAUUUGUCAGGAGUGUUGGAAAAGCUUGAAAAGUUAAACAGUACUCAAAAACUUCUCUUGUUUCAAACUUAACACUGUGCAAAGGUCAUGGGUCAAAUAUGAUGUGAAUAAGAACAGGAGCAUUAAUUCACCUCCAGAAUUUGAAUAAUACAUGAACAUCUCUUUGGAUUUCAUUGGGCAGAGAGUGAAGAUGAUUCUCUGGAAUGUAGAGGUGUGUCUUAAGUUUACAACCAUUAGUGGACUGAGAGAAACUAGUGCUUGUCUUGAGAGAGAGAGAGAGAGAGAGAGAGAGAGAGAGAGAGAGAGAGAGAGAGAGAGAGAGAGAGAGAGAGAGAGAGAGAGAGAGAGAGAGAGAGAGAAGUUAACUAUUGUGGAUAAAUAAUGGUGCCUGACAUCAAACAAACCAUAUAUUUUUACUUACACAACAAAACCAAACCAGAGAGAGAGAGGGAGAGAGAGAGAGAGAGAGAGAGAGAGAGAAGGCAGAUUAACUAUCAGUGGGUAAUAUGAAGGUGCCUGACAUCAAACAAGCCAUAUAUUUUUACUUACACGACAAGACCAAGUUACAAUAUCCUGUGCAGUGAAGAGUGGCAGCCACACUGCUUCUUCAUAGGUUUAUUUUCAGAACCCUUUUUUUUCUGAGUGGUGAUGUUAAGAGUGAAGUGGUGAUAGUGGUGAUGUGAUGUCUGUCAUUAAUUCUGCCAUGUAAGGACAAGAAAUAUAUUAAGACUGUCACUGAUGCUCUUACUAUUUAUCUACAUGCCAGGCCAGCGAUCCCAAAUGGGGAAGCCAAGGAAAAAUAUUGCUUGCUCUUCAUAAAACAUAAUGGAAGCUGCAUGAAAUCAUCAGGUUUACAUGUGGCAGUCCUUGUAUGAAACCUGCCUGCCUAUUUCCACCUAUCAUCUUCAUCCACAAAUCUACCUAAUACAUAUUUCUGCCUUAUUUGAAUUGUGCAGUGGACUUGUGUAUAUCUGCCAAAACCUUUAUUUAGUUAAAAGGUACCAUGUUAUACAGAUAAUCAUGGUUUUUAGCAGGAAUAUUGUGAAAUUUCUGCACAUUUCCAAACAGGAAUACAAUGUUUUAGCACCUGUUUAGUCCCAUGAAUGCCAAAAGACAGGAGUUUUACUGCACAUAGAUCAGUCAGUCAGAGAGCAUCAAUCAAUGACAGUGUUACCAUGUCUCCGUAUCCUCACUUGCCUCAGCAACCCUCACACACUUGUUCAAACAGAGUACAGUAUAACAAUAAUCAUUUCCAAGAAUCAAGACUUGCCUGAAAUGCUUACAAAGUUGCCACAUUGAAUGACUUACUUUGCUUGGGUGUUACAAUGAAAGAAUUCCAACUGAUUGAGCUGAAGUACACUCAGUCAUCAGUGUCUAUUCUUGUUCCACACUCAGUCAUUGCCACUCAGACUCAGAAAUAGACAGACACACCACAAAGGGAGUCACUGUAUCCACAUCUACUCCCUAAUACACUUAGUUAUCUGUGUCUCCCCUUCAUUAAGAGAAAUUUCCUCCACACUCAAGAUUAAUCAUUGCCACUCAGACUUACAGACACACCACAAGGGGAGCAACUGUAUCCUCACUCACUUCCCUUCAAUAAUAUACUCAGUGAUGUGUGUCUGUCCUUCCUUAAUUUUUUAUGUUUAAUUCCUUCAUACUCAAGGUUAACUGUUGCUACUCAGACUCAGAGACACCAUAAGGGGAGUGACUAUACCCUAAUUUACUUCCAUUCACAAAUACAUUCAGGUUAUCCAUUAUUAUGUCACCAUCUGUACUGCGUUGUGUUUUAUCUGGUAAAGUGCAUUUAUUUAUCUUUAUUUACUUCCCUUUACUAAUAUGUCAUUCUCAGUUUAUUCAUUGCUCUGUUACCAUCCACACUGUGUUGUUCAUGACUAAUGGAUGGAGUAGAAAUUGUAUUAGUUCUCUUCCUGUCACUAAUAUAUCAUUCUCAGAUUAUCCUUCAUUCUGUUACCAUCUGUACUGUGUUAAAUUUGAUCUGAUAAAGCAUAUUUCUAAGUCCACAACCAACAGAUGAAGUGUAUUUAUGUAUAUCUUCAUUCACUAAUCAUUAUGAAAGCAUUGUGUUGAACUUCAUUAUAAUCAAUGUGAAAAACAAGUAUAAUAAGGAUGUGCCUGUUAUAAUACACCACUUAUCUAUCUGUAUACCAGGCUGGCAAUCCCACACGGGGCGGCCCAGACAAGACACCACAUGCACACACUCACACACACACACACACACGCACACGCACACACAUUACUCACACUCUCAGCCCUGUUGGCCCCUAGUGGAAAGGGACAGUCUUGUAGACCACCCUACUACACAAUAAGCUUAAAUUUAUAUGAAGAACAAGUAUUGACUAAUUUCUCAGGAUAAUGUAAAGGAGAAUAUGUUACAAAAACCAGCAAUAAUGAUUUGUAAUAGCUACGCACCUGCUGCCAAACUGAGAUUAAUGUAGCUAAGGUUAUAUUGUAUCCAUUCUUCCCUCACUUUGUCAUCUGUUUAUCUACUGUAAGGAAAUUUAUUUGUUAUUUGGGAGAACCAUGUAUUUCUCUUGCUCAAUAUGGUAAUGGAUAAAAUAAUUCACCAAUGUCUAAAUUUCAUGAUUAUUUAUAUACCAGGUCAACGUUUUCAGUCUGUGGUAAUCUAUCUAACAGCUCAAAUUUGUUAUGGUACAGUAAUUAAUAUCUAUACAUCAGGGACAAACACUUCAGAAUCUUACAUCCAAUACUUCAAGAGGCUCCAGUGAAAUGUAUCAUGUUUUUCAAGAGUGUUUUCAUGAUUCCAAUAGUAGUUGCUAUAUGUUUUCAUGAUUCCAAUAGUAGAUGCUAAAUGGGAAUCUCUGUCUAUACAUCAGGAACCACAAACACUUUAGAAUCUUAUCUCAAAUACUUCAACAGGCUCCAGUGGAAUCUAUCAUGGUCCUUAAGAGUAUUUUCAUUAUUCCAGUAGUAGUUUAAUGAAUAUUCUACAUCAUUAGUGGGAAACACACUCAUGAGAACCUGACUAAUGAUCUCUGUGGCCUUUGAAAACUGUCCUGGUAAGAGGCUGAAGUGUUUGACAAAGGGAUCCUGGCUUGGUGUAUAGAUAUCUGUAAUACUGACUCUAAUAUUGCUCAGAAUAAUCAGGCGUAUAAGACGAACAUGAAUUUACCAUUUCCUACACAGCAUAGAAGCACAGUAUUUGUACCCAUGUCAAGUAUCCAGUGUUUUCUGCCAUGCCAUGCUUCCCACGUCAGUGUUUCUUGGGCUACACAUGGAACCUUUCUUAACCACCUCACUGUUUGAUCAUCUGUGCCUAACAUUGAAGGUUCAGUAAAUUAGUUUGCAUGGAGACACAGAAAAGAAGAAAAGGGAUUAUUUUUGUCAUUUCUAUACUACAUAACAUCUUUUCUUAAUAUUGAGGGCUCUGUAAGAAAGAUGGGGGCACCAAAAAAAAGAAGAAAAUGGGUUUUUGUCUUUUUUAUAUUACAGAACUAUUUAAGAGGCUGUAGCUUAAAAGGUUGUACUAAGUGAUUAUUGGGAAAAGUUUGAAUGGGUUACUUACUUGUUGGAGAGAUAAUAAGAAAAAGCAAACUAAUUAAAAGAAAAGUCAUGUGAAUAAUUUCAAGGAUUUCAAUUAAUGCUUGAUUUGAACUACCUCACUCCCAUUACAAAGAAAAAAAAACUCAUGAAUUUUUAGGAACAUAAUAAAAUGAGGGAAGCCGCAGGAAGCCAUCAGGCCUACGUGUGGCAGUCCCCUGUAUGAGACAUGCCUGACCACUUCCACCUAUCAUUCUCAUCCAUAAAUUUGUCUAAUCUUUUAAAACUCCCUAAUGACUCAGCAUUAACAACCUGAUUACUGAGUCUAUUCCAUUCAUCUCCCACUCUGAGAACCAAUUCCUUCCUAUUGCUUUUUUAAAUCAAACAUUUUUCUGGUGAGUGUGGCCACCUUGAGUCCCGAGUGGGUGUCCUCCUCCGCUGACCUGCACUGACAUCAAUGAAACACAUCAAGUUUUGUGAAAGUAAUAAGUAAGAUACAAGAUCACCAUAAUAAUAAUAAUAAUGUACUACUAUUCUCUCAUAUUUAUAACAUAGAAGGUAUAAACUAUAUUAUGAACAUAUUCUCUUAUAUUUUAUAACAAUUCAGUCUCACUACCGUAUUAUAGCGAUGGGUAUACAUACAUACGUACAUACACAUAUGAGCGAGUGUGUGUAUAUGUGUAUGGCUUCUUGCGUUCAUACUUAUACAGGACAAUACAUAGUUAAGCAAUACCACUUACUGGUUCUGGCUUGAAAUACUUUUAGUCUAGAAGUUCAUGCUCUUAUAAACACAGUGACUUGCUUUGUAUUGUGUAUUUGAGUCAUAUUGCAUCCUGUCUCUUUACCUCCUUGGCUUCCUCACUUUCUAGCCUUCCCCAUCUCUUACUUGUCCUAUAGAGCCCAUUAGCAGGAAGACAUGCUUUAAUAUUGUGUAUUUGAUUGAUAUUGUCUGCUGUCUUUUCACCUCACUGGCUUCCUCACUUUGUACUCGGAAUUCAUUGUAACUUACUUGUCCUAGAAACCCAUUAGUAGGAAGUGAUUGAUAUUGCCUCUUGUCUCCUGUCUCUUCACCUUUCUUUUUCUCAUUUUCUACCCUUCACCUUCUCUUACUUUCCCUCAUGCCCUGAUGGACUUCUAUACCCAAUCCCCAAUGCCUUUCCAAACCUCAAAACUACCCUCUUUUUUUAUCACUCUUCUUAUAUUAGUAUUUCCAAAGUUUUCACCUUGCCUCAUGGCCAAAUUUCUUUCUAUGCUUCAGAAUCCCACCUUUCCUAUUUUACUGCUCUUCUCAUAUUAAGAUAUCCAAUAUUUUUUCAUCUAAUCUCAUGGUUCUGAUUUUUAAUAUUCAGUUUCUUCCCAUACAGGACUUUUAAUCUUCCACAAACCCCAAACAUGUCUCUGUUUAAUAUCUAAAUUUAAUAUCUUCCUGUCCUUAGUGCUGUCUCUCUUCUUACACUUGUCACUCUCACUCUAGAUGUUGCCAAACUUGGUUAAUUUUUGGUUCAUUAGUUAUUACAGUACCAGUUAUUAUAUGGAUGAAAUUAUUAAAAGCAGCAUUUGAAUUAUGAUCUUUUAACUCUUGAAUUGCCCGGUCUUUUAUAUGUAUGACAUUUUGAGUGCCAGAUUAAUACAGAAAUAAUAACUAAUUCAUUUUUUUUUUUUUACAGAAUCAGUAAAUAAUAAUGAUUUUGUGUGUGUGACAUUUUGAGUGCCAGAUUAAUACAGAAAUAAUAAGGGCUGAUUUUUUUAACCAAAUACAGAACUAAUACUGAUUCAAGUUAUUUUGUGAAGUUACAGUACCACUUAUUAAUCAAAACUGGAAAUCCAUGUGAUGAAUACUCGUAUAUACAUGGGCCAGGAUGGGACUGUUUGCAAGGUAUAUAUAACAGGUUACUGUGCACUUGCAUUAACUUGGCAAAUAGCUCUUCUUGAACCCUUCCUUAACCUGUCCCUUUUCAUGACACCCAUAGCAGAUAAAUAUUAUUGCUUGCCUAUAUUCCCUAUCCUUCAAUUCUGGAUCAAUUUUUUGGCCUUUUCCAUAGGGAUUGGCAUCUCAGUGGUCCCUUUUUUUUUCUCCAUUUUGCUGCCCAGGCCAGUGCUCCUCUUACGUAAAACAGUUCUUAAGAUAGAUUGCACUGGGGUGAAUAUCAAUUGCCUCUUUUCUUAAGCUAGUAUUUUUACUGGCUAUGAUAAUUAUCCCUCCUUUCUCCACAUUCCCUGAGUGAGAUAUAAGAACGGAGAAGAAAAGUUAAAGAUGAAUGAAGACUGCUGAGUUUAAUAAGGUCUGAAAUUAAUGUUCUCAGUAUUUUGUCCCAUUAACUGUUGUCUUGUUUCAUAAUCUUCCUCCUCCUUCCUCCACAUCCUCUGAGUGAAAUAUAGAAUGGAAAAGAAGAAAGUUAAGGGUGUAUUAAGGUAGCUAUUGCAUUGUUAUGAUCUGAAUCAUCCUAGUAACUUGUCCCACUAAGUCAUCUUGUGUAGGAGUCAGCUGCUACCCCAUGGAGCCCCAUCAUAAUAUUCCUCCCUCUUAGGUGCAAGGAGGAGUUGUCUGCCAAGUUAAUGUGAAUACUCUUUACCACAUAAAAUUGCCUUAUACUUAAACAUAUCAUUGUCUUACUGUAGAUAGGUACACACGUCCCUCACACACUUUGCUGCUAAUAGUCAGGACUCGGUGGAUGUGUGGAGUGUGUGGGAUAAGGGGAAAGGCUUCAUUCUCGUGGGUGUUGGUGUGGGAAGAGAAUUUGUGUCAUGGAAGAUAAUGAUGAGGAUAAAUGUUGCACUGAAGAAGGAAAAGGUUAAGUCUUAAUGGUUGUUGGAUCAAUAAGGAGAUUUCUUUGUUAAGCAAAAAUGUGAUGGGGAAAGUAAAGGGUUUGAUCUUUAUAGAUAUUGGAUUGAUAAUAGAAUUUGCAUUAUGAAAGAACAUAAAAGGUUUGAUUCUUGUGUUCAAUGGACUGAAAAGAGGAUUUUUUUGUGGUAGAAGAAUGUAAUGAAGGAAACAAGGGAUUUAAUCUUCAAGAACAUUAAAUUAAAGAGAGAACUUGCUACAAAAAAUCAUAAUUUGUGAAAGAGAGGAAUAGGAGACAAAAGUUUGAUUCUUGCAUUUAUUGGAAUGAGAAAGAGAAUUUUUGUAGUGGAAAAAUGUGAUAGAGAAAGUAAACGGUUUAAUCUUCAAGGACAUUAUAUUAAAGAGAGAAUUUCUGUUACAAGAGAACAUAAUGUGUCUGUGAUAGCGAGGAUGAGAGAGAGAGAAAGGUUUGAUUCUUGCGUUUAUUGAAGGAAGUAAAGGGUUUAAUCUUCAAGGAUAUUAGAUUAAUGAGAUAAUUUCUGUCCUGUGAUAGAGAAGCAGAGGAGAGUCUUAAGUAUGGCUGAUUGAUGGUAAAGUCAUCACUGCAAGUUAGUAAGACAGUGAAAAUUAAGUUUAUUUCUUUAUGCAGUGAACAACGAAGCAUGAAAUUUGAAUACUUUGAGGAUCUGAGGAAAACUGCCUAAUUAUUUCGUUUUACAAAAUGAUCGAAUUCCAUUAUUUUCAUUAUUUUUAUUUAUUUAUUUAUUCUUUUAAUCAGUCCGUAUUUUUUCACAUGUUCAUUCAAGUCACGCCGAGCUUGAUAAACCAAAUAACUCAUUAGUAGAAGCUGGAAGGUGCAGUAGUAGUGAACACAGUCACCAGCCGUCACCAGUUUGUAGGUCACCACGCUGCCCUCACCAGCCACCGCCGCGUGAAGAGCAAACACCUCACGAAACCAUCAACCCCAAGCCAACCUGUCAUUAUAGGCUCAACAAUGGCCCGUAUCCUGAAGCGCUUCGCACUCUCGGUCACCACGACUAUUUUCAAAGGCCAGAGGUGAUUAGCCGGGUUCUCAAUGUAGAAAUUUUGUUAUUCUGUCACUAGAGCCAUAAAAAACACCCUUAAAAACCCGUGCACCUUCAACUAAAGCCUUUGGAAAGUAUUAGAGGUGCUGCUAGGAAACGUUUCAGAAUACGGACCAUUAAUAUCACGUCCUCACAGCUGCUCAUGUAUGUGGCGCUCAUGAUAAUCUCGCACUGCAUCCCCGUAGUCAUCUGUAACCAUAGUCAUCAGUGUUAACACCCCUUAUGUUCCGUAUCUUGCGUUCCUCGACUUCACAGCGAGACCAACCGACACCGCCCGCCGCUCCCACUAUAACUAUAUAACCCACACUCCCUCUUGUUUAAGGUCGCUGGAAAUACUUACACUCGUCCUCCAUACAUACACACGCAUACAGGGGCCAAGACAUCCCCCCCCCCCAGUCACUUACCAUCUCCAUACUACAAGAACACAUCCAGUAAGCUCAUAAAUAACCUAAUUCAAGCAAGCAUUCGAGUCUUCUUCGACCACAUAAACUACUCGCAAGAACUGCAUUCUUAAACGUUACGGCGUCUUAUCUUCUAACAAGUUCUAGUGGAAGUUACUGGGAUUUUCAAGGGUGUUUUCGUGAUUCUAGUGAUCGUUUCUUAAGGAUUCUGCGUCGUCAGCAUGUUCACGUGGAAGUUACUGGAGUUUUCAACGGCAUUUUGUGACUUUUGUGAUCAGGUAAAAAAAAAAAAAAAAAAAAUCAACAGGCUUUAAUGGAUAUUACUACGGUUUUCAAGGGUUUCUCAUGAUUACAGUGAUAGUUUGACAAUAAUUCUACAUCAUAAAAGAAAAAAACACUUAUGGGAACCAGGCUAAUCAUCUUUGUGAGACUUCGUAACGUUUCAGCUGAGUUUUAGAGAUGCUUCCUUGACACACCCACACUUGACCUGACCAAACCAGAACCAGCUGACGCAUUCCUAGAUCACCUCCAGAAUGCCUUCACACCAUCCAGGGCACCACGCCCCUUACAAACUAUUCAGGCCAUUCCAGAUCGAGAUGUGUGUAUACUUGCAUGAGUGUUCGAACCGCCGACAUACAUACAAAUAUACAUAUAUGCCGAUGUUAUUCAAUGUAGAGGAUAAUUAUACCAUCUUUCUGUC